ACUGCCUUUCACUACACCACUCUCCAACCAUCGCCCCCCAGCGAAACCACCCACCACCCACACCCGCAGACAUGGGCAGGCCAGCUGUGCACCAGGCGUCGGAGCGCCAGUUCCUCGACGAGCGCGGGUCGUCGUCGCGGCUGGCGCCCAACGGCCUCAACCCGGCGCGGAUCAUGGAGAAGGCCGUGGUGGACCGCAUCGUCGACAGCUACUUCUGGAAGGAGCAGUGCUUCGGGCUCAACGAGGCCGACAUUGUCGACCGCGUCGUCGACCACGUCCACUUCGUCGGUGGCAUCACGGGCGCCUCGCAGAAGCCGACGCCGUUCCUGUGCCUGGCCUUAAAGCUGCUGCAGCUCGCGCCCGGCGACGACGUGCUGGCCGAGUACCUACACUUUGGCGGCGACAAGUUCAAGUACCUGCGCGCCCUCGCCCUCUUCUACGUCCGCCUGACCCGCACCCCCAAGGAUGUCUACGCCACCAUCGAGCCCUUCCUCGAGGACUACCGCAAGCUGCGCCGCAAGGGCCGCGCCGGCACGUCGCUGACGUACGUCGACGACUUUGCCGACGACCUCCUCGUCAAGGACCGUGUCUGUGCCACCAGCCUAUACAAGCUCACCAAGCGCGACGUCCUGGAGGACCUCGACCUGCUGUCCCCACGCGUCAGCCCCCUGGGUGACCUCGAGGACUUGCUGGAGGAGGAGGAGGAGGAGGAGGAGGAGGAGGAGGGAGAGGGAGGGGAGGAGGAGGAGGUAAAAAGGAGGAGGAAGAAGAGCGAGACACGCUCGAUCGCUCAUCCCGCGAGCCGGCCGACGUCUCCAUGACCAAUGGGGACGACCGAGACGACAGUAGAAGCAACCGCAACGACGACAGUCGCGACGCAGCAUCAUGACGACACAGGAAAGGAGCGUCUGAAUACACAUAUCUUUCCAGCUUUGCCCCAACUCCAACGAACUCGGGUACACUUUCGCGUAUCGACGCGGCAUGUGCGGCGGCGAUGGCACGGACAACAGUGCGCCGUGUCGUAAGUGCCACGGGAGGUCGGUGGAACGAAGAAGCGCCAAUGCUGCGUGGCCGAGCAGUUGGCCGCAAGCCGAGGCCAUAUGGCCAUUACACGCCAGCACACCCCGUUCUUGGCCAGGGUAGGCAGGAUACCACGGCAAAUUGGGAGGAGCACGCUCCCAGGAGUUGUGUGCUGAGAUGUGGAAUGACAAGCCGGCGGCAAGGGCUGCGUGAUGACGAGGGACCACAGAUCGUCCGUUUCUGUCGCCAGUUUCUAUCCACAUAUUGUACCUAUGCCACAAAAGAAGCGACGGUGGUAUUAAUGCCCUACAGCUCAGAGAGUUGGCACAGCCAGGGGAAGCAAGAUUUUUGUCAAUAUCGUAAUAUAAAAAUUUCACAAAUC